AUGGCCACGCCGGUGGACAAUCAAAGCCAGCAGAGCCUCAUCGCACAGCUACGAGAGGAGUUCCGUGCAGAAAAUGAAAGGAUGAAGCAACUCCUGGAAGCGGAGCGCGUGCAGCGUGCGGAGAGCAUCGCGGGGGUUCGGCUGUCUGUCGAUACUUUGGGCGCCUCAAUCGUGGAGGGCCUGACCAUUCUGGGCGCCGAAGUCGAGAGCGUGAUCUCGUUGGUGAUGCACCUCAAGAAGACUCAGGGAUCGCAGCUGCUGUCGGAUGCGGCAAACUUGAUGCCCGAAGAGGAGGUGGACAUUUCGCCGCGGUCGUUGGAUCGACGGCGGAUGAUGGAUAACUUCCAGAAGUUGGGCCAACAGCUCACGGACGGCUGCCGAGCUCAACUGGCAAUGGAGUUGCAACGUGCAAAUAAGGAUCUACAGUCCUCCAUUGCCGCCAUGGAAUCUUCCAUGCGUGCAGAGCUACAGAACCACGUAGACGAUGCUGUGAAGACAUGCAUUGCGGAGAAUCAGACGAAGGCAAGCGUCGAGGGAGAAGUCGCAUCACCAUCAAGUAGGGGCGGCGCGGUCUCGGUCAGCAUCGACUUGAGCUCGGAUUUGGAGGACGCUGUCUCUCCAACGUCCAUGCGAUCCAUCUUGCAGAGGUCUCCACUGAACGCGAGCGAGUCAAGGUCGAUCCUGGAGGAGGAAGCUCAAUCGCUGGCCAGCACGCAACUGCAGGUUGAUGAUGGAACUCCUGCGCGCGUUGCCAGCUAUUGCGAGGCCCCGUGCGAGUCCGAGAAGAACACCCAGACACCAGACUUGAACGAUUCCAUAGCAUCGGAGGAAGACAUGCUCGCAAAGAACAAGGGCCCAGCGGAUCUGAAGGACAACACUCCCACCACGACCUCUACUGUUGAAGUACAGGAGGAGUUGACUGCGGGGCCAAGCCCGGUCAGCAAUCCUUGGGAAGCGUCUCCUCGACUUGCAACUUCACCAGCUCAGGCGAUGAUGUCACCGCGCGGAUCGCUCGUGUUUCCUUUGCCAGGAAUGAACCCGGAUCCGGCUCGGCGACCCAACACUGCAUACCAGGCCCAGGUUCCUCGGCCAGUGGCGCUGCAAGGGCCUCCCUUGGCGGUGAGGACCAUCAGCCCGCAGCGGGUCUGCCUCAGGUCUGGCUCUCAGCCCCGACAACUCGCUGCUCCAGUGGCAGCACCUCAAUGGGUUGCCAGAGGACCGCCAGGGCAGCCGGGACCGCCCUCAGGGCCAGGGCAGCCAGGACCGCCACCAGGGCAGCCAGGACCACCGCCAGGGCAGUCGGGACUGCCACCAGGGCAGCCGGGACCGCCGCCAGGGCAGCCGGGACCGCCACCAGGGCAGCCGGGACCGCCACCAGGGCAGCCAGGGCCGGGACCGCCACCAGGGCAGCCAGGCCCGCCAGGACCGCCGACCGCCAACCAGCUUCGGCCUGCCAUUCCUGUGAGCAGCCCGUAUCUGUCCACGACCCUCGCGGACACCAGCAAGAUGCCGCAAAAGGAGCAGGAGGCUGCUCGUUUGGGAGCCAUGCGUCUUGCCGUGGCGCAGAGUCGCUCUUCGCCUCCAGUAAGCGGCCGGCGUGCGAGCGCUACACGCCUGGAGAUUUAA